GCUGCUUCACUUCCUCUUUCGGCUCGCUCUCUUUCUCUCGUCUGUGAUCAUGGCUGCGCUCAAACAGUACCAGCCAUGUUUGCAAAUCUGAAACCCAAAGGUUAGCGAUUUAGGCGUUUAUUAUUUACAUCGCGUACACCCUCUUCACCACAUCGGUCCUCUGCCGGGGGCCACACUCCGCGUCUCCGGUGCGGUCGGCAGGCAUCAAGAUGGAAGCAAAUAACCAUUUUAACUAUGGGCCUCACUCUUCUGUGUCAGCAAACUCAGGACUGAAGCAUUCCUCAGGAGAUUCUCUCUAUACUAACGGGUCCUCCAUGAGCUUCCCCCAGCAAGGGAAAAAUCUGAAUGGCCAAAUGAAUGUGAAUGGCAUCACUACUGCAGGUGGGAGCAGCCAGCCAGGCGCCCACCCUCCCUCUUCCUCUUAUCCUCAUAUGAGCAACCAUCACCUCCCAGGCAGCAUGGGAUAUGACUAUCUUUGGGGCCAGUCUCAGUACAGCCCGGCGAUGGGGCCCGUCCCUCCCCACGGGUUGCACCAGAAGCCAGGCUCCCAGGGUGGAAUACAACCACAGCAGCCUCAGCACCACUUCCAGAGCCAUGGACCAUACCAAGUCAAUGGCAGUACGGGAACAUCCCAGCAACCUCCGGGUGCUGGGUUGCAGUAUUGGGGAAGGGGAAAUCCUGGGCAGCAGUCGCAGGGGGGAUCUUCGAUGCCAAUGGGAUAUAAUUCUCCCAGUAUGUACGGGACGUAUCCCAACCAGGGCAUCCCAGCGUCCCAGCAUCACCAGCAGCCUCCAGCCUUGCAGCACCAGUCUGCAACGGCACAUCAUCUCCAACACCAUUCACACCACCAGCAGCAACAGCAGCAGCAUUAUGGUGUGAUGCCUAAUGGAAUGCCGUUUUACCAGCAUCCAUCGCACCAGGCCCAAACUCAGUCUCAACCACAGACUCAGAUGAUACCACCCGCCGCGCAGAGCUUUACACCUCCACGAGGAAGCCCUCAGCACCAUCACAUGGGCAGUGGAGGAGGAAGAAGCAGCCCCCAUCACGUCCAGGUCCCAAUGAGGUCCCCUUCUACUGUGCCUGAUAGCGGUUCGCCUAAGAGCAGAGAGAUGCAAGUUUCUAUGAAUGAGUCCUUUAAAGAAAUGGAUAAAGGCUUCAAUGGAGUUGAGAAAAGCUCUGUACCCCAACGGUUGCCCAAAACUGAGAGUUUUCCUGUAAAGCCCCCUGGCUCUGUUUCCUCUACCGACUAUAACCAGGCUGCGCAGCAUCCAGCCGUGGACCUGGAGAAACCUGUAAAACAACGUCAGGAGAUGGGAGCUGCUGCAAAGGAGCUUAGUUCUUCCCCCGUCUCUGGACCUCCUCCACCCCUAGCUAGUCCGCCUCGGAAAACUUUGACCCUGCAGGAUUCACAUUCUCCUUCGUCUCCAGGGUUUGCUUUAUCUACAGCUUUGGGUGUCGGCGCAAAUGCAUCUGUGUCUCCACCCUCUCCUCUCACACCACCGCUUCAGAUGGUCCAAGGCCAAAGACCUGGAUUCUCUGGACCUUCAUCAGCUGAAGGAACACCUGCAGGACUUGGUACAGCUCCUUCAAUGUCUUCUCCUAAGAGCUCCAGAGCUCCUACUGCUGGUUCCCACAACCAGUCUCUGGUGCUUUCUUUUAAGACCUUGAUGCAUCCUCCAACGGUGCCUGUGCCUCCUCAAACAGUACCGGAGGCCCAGGGAUCAAAAAGUCCACAGGUCUCUCCAACACCUUUAUCUUUGGCUGCGUCACCAUCUGUUGUCUCCGCUCCUCCUGCGCUGGCACCACUUAAAGGACCCCAAGAGGCAUCACCUCUAACAGGCCAGAGUCCUAAACAUCCUGCUGCUUCCUCGACUCCAACAUCUGUUGCCGAUAAGGUCUUUCUCUCGACAGUCUCUGCACUUCCAUCAGUGGUCGCUGGUUCUCCUCAAGUUGCCGCUCUGGCUUCGUCUGCACCACCUCCCGCUGUUAGCUAUUCCCCUCGGGCAUCUUCAGCACCUCUCAGUGUUUCUCCAAAUGUAUCUCGCUUCCUCAUUGGCUCUGUUACUCAGCCUUUAGAGACCGUGGUAAAUGCGGACGUUUCUUCACCCAGUCCAGGGCAGAUGGGUUCUCAUGGUGUAGUACGGCACAACUUUGGGGAAUCGCACUCUAGACCUGAGGCCUGUGGUUCCCAGAGUAAAGUUAGAAUCAUAAUGGGCACAUCCAAAAAGGAGUCCAACAAUGAGACUCAAGCUGAGAUGCAUAAGGUGCAAAUUCAUGGUAGAAACCUUGAACUGGCUUUCAUUGUUCCAAAGGAACCUGAAAGAGACACUAUGGCAGUUGGCAGAAAGGACUCUAAUAGUAUCAGAGAUCAGACUGCCCCAGGGAAAGGAGAAAGUGAGACUUUAAAUGAUACUUUUGGCACUGACACGUCACUGGACUAUCCGUCUUUGGCCGAGUCAACCUACCUUGAAAGCUCAAGAGCUGAGGAUGGGAGUUCAAUGAUGGACACUUUUGAUAAUUCUUAUAGUCUUUCCCAGACUGGAGACCAAUCAAAGUUUACAGAAGGAUCCAUGAUUGAUGUCUCCAGGGACUUGCAGGACACUUCUUGUGAAGAAGAAAACUUGAACAGCUCCAUGACCUCUACCAGUUCCACCGAGGCGGCGUCCCUCAAAGAUAACACGUCACUACUGGAUGACUCUUUAAACGACACCUCACUAAACAGCUCCUCACUGCUGUCUGCAUCUAUUAAUGCCUCUACACACUCUAUCAGAGGUGAUCAUAUUCUUGGCAAAGAGAAUGGACCUGAUACUUCAGGAGGUGACAGAAGAUCUGCGCUCUCUGUAAUGACGGUUAAAGCGCUGCAAGCGGUUGUCAGCGGUUCUGUUGAAGGGGCGACCACACAUAUUUCUGAAGCCCACAUCGCCAUGCCAACAAAAAAGCCACGGAAGCCUAGAACCCCAAAGACGACAGUUGCUACCGCUGAGAUUGGCUCUCCUGAUUCCAAGAUCAAGAAACAAAAGUUAACACCUGAUGGCCCAAAACAAGAAAAGGUUAGGAGGAGAAAGAAAACCGAGGAUAAUUCACUGAGGGCAGUGAAGAAGAGGAAAAUCUCUAAAGAGGCAAAGGAACAGGAGGGCGUCCCAACUGAUACCUCAACUCCUUCAAAUGCUCUGCCUCUCCUUCCAAGUGAUCCAAUGACGUUUGUCCAUGACUCAAGCCUGACUAAUAGUGAGCCCAUAGUCCAGCCCAAGAAGAUCUGGAAGCGCAAGAUGAAAGGUGUGAAUGAGGCAAAGCCUCCCAAACCAGCCAAAGGGUUGUCAGAAGGGAAAACUGAAGAUGAUGAUGAUAACAGCUCCACAGCAGGUGAUACCCCAAGGCGUCGGAUUGCAACUGAAGCGCAAGUCCAAUUUCCUUUGCAGCAUGGCUGGAGGCGAGAGAUUCGAGUCCGGAGGCUCGAGGACCGCCUGAAAGGAGAGACGUGGUACUAUAGCCCCUGCGGCCGGAGGAUGAAGCAGUUCCCCGAGGUCAUCAAGUAUCUGAACAGGCAUCGGGAUGCUCUCCAGGGCGUUUCGAGAGAGCACUUCAGCUUCAGUCCACGCAUGCCAGUGGGGGAUUUCUAUGAGGAGCGGGAAAGCGCUGAGGGUAUGCAAUGGUUCCUCCUCGCCAAUGAGGAAGUGCCCUCCAUGAUCAUGGCAAUAACAGGCAGACGCGGUCGUCCACCAAAUCCAGACAAAGAGCCUCGUUCCCGUGGCUGCCUAGCCAGAGGAGCCCCAGGGAGACGGCCAGGCCGACCUCCUAAGCCCAAGAUGGAGGAUCUGCUCAGCAAAGUGGACGCCAGGCUGCUGAAGAGACUGGAGGCAAAGGAGGACCUCACAGAGCAAGAAAAAGAAAAACUGAUCAAGAUCAAGAAGAAAAUGAAGAGAAAGGCAAGAAUGAAAAGAAUGGAGGAUGCAAAGAAUAAAAAGAUCCGGAAGGAGAAACGGAAAGCCAAAUUGGAGAAAGCCAAAGAGCAGGAUGAUGAAGACCAGUCUCAGUCUCAGACUCGGACCCAGUCAUCUGAAAGCCCGCUCUCAGCCGCAGAGGGGCCCAAGAAACCUGGCCGCAGGAAGAAGGUUGCAGUACCACCAGCAGCAGAAGCAGAAGCGUUGGACCUGGAGACGGCCAGUCCCAUCAAGAAAGUGGCCCGGGCCCGCAGCAAAGCCAAGGCUCUGGCCAAAGCCCAGGCUCAAGCAGAGGCCGAAGCGCAGGCUGCACUGGCAGCAAAGAGGCAGGCGGAGCGGAGGGCGCAGGCUCAGAGACGAAUGGAGGAGAGGAAGAGACAGCAGAUGAUCUUAGAGGAGAUGAAGAAGCCUGCAGAGGACAUGUGUCUCCCUGACCACACGCCCCUCCCACAAUUGUCACGGAUACCAGGACUGGUGCUUUCGGGUUUGGCCUUCUCCAAUUGUUUAAGGUUGGUUGAGUUCCUGCAUGGUUACGGAAAGAUUCUGGGGCUCCAGGUGCCCAAGGAUAUUCCCAGCCUGAGCACCCUGCAGGAAGGGCUCCUCGGCAUGGAGAAGAGCCAAGGCGAGCUCCUGGAUCUGCUCAUUAAACUGGUGGAGGCCGCUCUGCAUGAUCCUGGACUGCCCUCAUAUUACCAGUCUGUGAAGAUCCUGGGGGAGAAGCUGGUGGAUCUGGAGCUGAGCCACAGCACUGUGUCCGAGGUGCUGCGGAUCUUUCUGGAAGCCCAUGGCUUUGAGUUGGAGGUGUGUAACAGUCUGCGUACAAAGAGCUUCCAGACCCUCAAACCCGACGUCAAAGCCUCCAUACUGGCCUUCCUGGUGGAGGAACUCAACGCCAGCAACAUAAUCACCAGGGAGAUUGAUAACACACUAGAGAAUAUGACAACCUACAGGAAAAACAAGUGGAUUAUAGAAGGCAAACUACGCAAACUGAAGGCUGCGCUGAUGCGUAAGACGGGCCGUCCGGAGGAGGAGCUGUGCUUCGAGGAGCGCCGGCGCAGUGCUCGUGUGGGAGUGGCUGAGGAAGAGAGCAUCGAGGAGAGCUGCGUGCUGGAGAGAGGGAGCCGCCGCAAAGCCAAAGAGGAACCCAAACACACGGAGGUACAGAACCUCUGCCUGCCAAACCAGAGCUCCUCAGGUGAAGUGACGAUCAGUGAUGAACCUGUGACUUAUGUGAAGGUCAUAACCCCAGUGAAGACAGAGGUUAAAGCUGAGCCUCCCCCUUCUCCGGCUUUCGGCGCACAUCUCCCCUCUUCUCCUCGAGCGUCCCAGCUUACCCCCACAGAGGCGGAUCCUCUACCCGGCGAGGCCUCUCUGAUGAGCAGACCUCGAGGCCGGGGACGCCCGCGCAAGAUCAAACCCGAAGUGGAGCUCCACCUGCGAACCGCCAAGAACCGCCGCCGCCGCCGUAGCAGCAGAUCAGCAGCUGAGGUUUCGGCCCUCAACUCCCCUGUGCAGGAUCCUGCUCAGCCCGCUUUCCAGACGCCUCUCGAGCAGCCGCAGCACGCAGAGGCCGACAGCAGCGCGCCGAUCACAGCAUCUGGAGCCGGUCAGGGCGAGGAUAACAGCCAGCCGGAGGACAGCAUGAGGGAGCAAGCAGAGAAACGAGGCCAGUGGUUCAAUCUGUUGCCUAAGGAGCCGUGCGACGAGACGUCGAUCUCCCAGCCGUGCAAGAACACACCUGCGUCUGCUUCAUCCCCCACUGAAGACACUCCUGCACCCCUCGAUAGUGACCCGCUCGCUCCUCCUCCGCAGCCUCCAACAACGCAGAUGCAGACGGAGACUCCUCCUCUUCCUCUUCCUCAGGUGUGCUCCACUCCAGCUCCCAGGGCCGGUAGGAGGCGCAGGAGAAGCAGCGGGACGUCCCGGGCUCUCUCUCGAUCCAGUGCGGCGAAGAGGCGUGGCAGACCUCCCUCCAAUCUCUUCCAAGAGGUGGAACUGAAGUACUUCACUCAGCUGGUGGUGAAGCCUAUUCCAUUAGAAAUGGUGAAGGGCUGGUGGUGGAUCAGAGAACCGGAGGAGCUGACAGCCAUUGUGAGCGCCCUCCAUCCACGAGGCAUUCGUGAGAAAGUGCUCCACAAACACCUCACCAAACACAGGGAGUAUCUGUCUGAGGUCUGCACACGGCUCGUCACCGAUCCCAUCUUCCAGAUGACAGUGGAGGAUGGUGAUGCCCUGCUGGAGGCGUCUAAACAGGCGUGGAGUGAGCAGGAGAGAGUCCUGCAGUUAGACAUCAGUGUUCUCCAGUGGGUGGAAGAUCUGGAGCAGAGAGUAGUCGGUGCAGACCUUCAGCUCAAGGUCUCCAUUCCCAAUGCAGAGAGUGACAAUGAGGCUAGUCAGGAAUCAUCAUGCUCUCAAUUCCAGAUGUAUACCCCUCCCGAGGCGGACUCCACGCGGGAGGACCUGCAGUAUUAUGAGCACGAGAUUGACCCCAAGGAUGACUGGAUGGUCAAGACCAAGAAGGAAUGGUCCGACCUCCUGCGAGCUCCCAGCAACCCCCUGGACCUGGCCGUUCUCCGCUUGACUAAUCUGGAGCGGAACGUCGAGCGGCGCUAUCUGAAGGAGCCGCUGUGGAAUCUGUCCGAGGUGGUGCGCUUGGCGCCUCUCACCCCUCCGCCCGGCGGGGAGGAGGUCCCACUAGAUGCUGUGAGCUUGGAAAGUGAGAUCACACCCAGGUUGAAGACGUGGCGGCAGGCCCUGGACCGCUGCCGCAGUGCGUCUCAACUCUCUCUCUGUCUGCUGCAGCUGGAGAAAGCCAUCGCCUGGGAAAGAUCCGUCAUCAAAGUGACAUGUCUGAUCUGCCGUAAGGGCGAUGAUGAUGAGUACCUGCUCUUGUGUGACGGCUGUGAUCGUGGCUGUCACAUGUUCUGCCUGAGGCCAAAGGUCAUGCAGGUGCCAGAAGGCGACUGGUUCUGUCCCACCUGCGUUGCCAAGGAAAACGGUGAAGCUCCAAGAUCACAGCGUUCAUCACGGAAGAGAUCGAAUGUGCGGAAACGGCGAUUUGCAGAGGAUAGUUCAGACGAGGAUGAUGGGUACAGACGAGGCAUGACCACACGACAAAAAGACGCUGCAGCUUCCUCGAGCGGGACGAGCAUCUCGCCCUCCAAACGCAGACGGAUGGCCACACGAAACCAGCCUGACCUCACCUACUGCGAGAUCAUUCUGAUGGAAAUGGAGGCUCACUCAGACGCCUGGCCUUUUCUGGAGCCGGUCAAUCCCCGCCUGGUGCCUGGCUACCGACGCAUCAUCAAAACCCCCAUGGACUUCCUCACUAUGAGGGAAAGACUUCUGCAGGGAGGGUACUGCAGCUGUGAGGAGUUUGCUGCCGACGCUCAGCUGGUCUUCAACAACUGCGAGCUCUUCAACGAGGACACGUCGGAGGUGGGCAAGGCCGGACACUCCAUGCGGCGCUUCUUCGAGAACCGCUGGGCGGAGUUUUAUGAGAACAACGACAAGUAGAGACGCUGCCCUCUGCUGCAUGGGAGGAAGCACUCGAACGCCCCGCUCCUUUGAUGCUCAUUACUACUAAAAACUCUGUCUGGAGAGCCAGCCCUCCAGUCUCUGUAUGCAUACACGUGUAGAUAUAUGUAUAGAUUUGUUCUGUUGGUUUUACAAGUAUGUUUGUCCCCCUCACCCGCCUUGAAAAGGUUAAAGCAUUUCUUUAUCACCUGGUAUUACGGCGUACAAACGUCUCCUCUUUAUUCAGCUUCGUCAGUCACUCCUUCGGAGUAGAAGUACUUCUUCAGGACUUGAUCGGGUCACACUUGAUGUCACGUGUCGCAGACACACCUCUAUCAGGUCGUUCUCACUCUUUCCACCAUUAUACUCGAAGCCUUCUGCUCCAUGGUGUAUAGGUCGUGGACCAGGUGUGUCCCCUUGACUGAAAAUGUAACGUGCUUUUGAGACUAGAAGCAAUUUCCUCAGUAUAUUUUUUAUUAUAUACUAUAUAUACACUUAAAGACAGAAAUAGGGAUUAUUUAAUAGCAAUAGACUGUAGUGAUUCUGUACAGACCACAUCGUAGAGAGAUGUAUAGGUGACUCAUGAAAUGGCCAGUAAACAUACUAUAUCACGUGUAACUCAUCACGUCUUUUGCUUGUAGAGUAUUGGUCUUGUGAACUGGAGGAUUGCCAUCUUUUGCUAGGUUAUUGUUUCUGUCAUGCCCCCCCAAACCCAGAAAGAAAUAAGUGUUUAUUCAUAAUGUAAUGCCAACAGCAGAACCGUUACAACGAAAGGCCCAUUUUAACAUUCUUGUUUUUAAGCUCUGCUAGCUAGAUAGCCGUUUUCAAAGCUUUUGCUUGAUGUAUGACUAUUGUCUGUGGGGGAAAAAAAACUUUAGACUAUUGAUAUUGGUUUAUAUGGAAAGGAUAUGUACGUACUUAUACGGUUGUAUAGUUUUGUUUAGCGACACUUAUUUUUCAUUGGAACAAUAUCUUCGCUGUCUCUUCAGUAUGAUUGAUCUGGUUUGCUCUUGGUUUUUUUUCAUGAACAUGGCAAUUUGUUGGGUUUCUGAAACCGUCACAUCCUCAGAUGUUUAGACUGUUUUAUGUGUUUUAAUAUGUGAGUUUGAACCUGGACCAACUCCCUUAAAAAGGACUUUUUUUUCAUUUUUACACUCGUCUUUUGACAUUAACCAUGCUUUCUCAAAUGAAAAUGCCUUGCAUCUUUACUGGUGUAACUGACCCAUACGUUUUCCCCACUUACAACCUCACGUUCACGGUUUUUCUGUGUGCACUGAGUAGAGGAGCGCAGUAGAGCACACUAUUCAUGUUCGUUUUCCAGGCUUUCGUACACUGAAGUCGAUUUGCGGACGUGUGUCAUUCACUUUGUGUUCCUCAUCAUACAAAAGAGACAUUAGCUUUUUUUAUU